AGCUGGUGGGGCCACCUUCUCCUGGACCCUCUCCUGUUGCGCUCCACAAAGUGAGCUUGCAUCUCUGAUCCAUCAUGAUGGCCACAGAAUUCACAAACCCCAUCUCUAACUUAUCCGACGACUACAGCUACCACUCCACGUCUUCCAUGGAUGACUACGUGAACUACAACUUUCCAGACUUAUUCUGUAAGAAAAACAAUGUCAGGCAGUUUGCGAGCCACUUCCUCCCACCCUUGUACUGGCUCGUGUUCAUCGUGGGCGCUGUGGGCAACAGUCUGGUCAUCCUUGUCUACUGGUACUGCACACGAGUCAAGACCAUGACCGACAUGUUCCUCUUGAAUUUGGCAAUUGCCGACCUUCUCUUUCUCAUUACCCUCCCCUUCUGGGCCAUUGCCGCCGCUGACCAGUGGAGAUUCCAUCCCUUCUUGUGCAGCAUGGUCAAUAGCAUGUACAAGAUGAACUUCUACAGCUGCGUGCUGCUGAUCAUGUGCAUCAGCGUGGACCGGUACAUCGCCAUUGCUCAGGCCAUGAAAGCGCAGACCUGGAGGCAGAAAAGACUCCUGUACAGCAAAAUGAUCUGCUUCACUGUCUGGGUGUUGGCGGCCGCACUCUGCAUCCCAGAAAUCAUGUACAGUCAACUCAAAGAGCAAUCUGACAUCACCAUCUGCACCAUGGUUUACCCUAGUGAGCAGAGUGCCACAGUGAAGUCGACUGUUUUGACCCUGAAGAUCGUCCUGGGCUUCUUCCUCCCUUUCGUGGUCAUGGCGUGCUGCUACACCAUCAUCAUUCACACUCUGUUACAAGCCAGGAAGUCAUCCAAGCACAAGGCCCUGAAGGUGACCAUCACUGUCCUUACUGUCUUUGUCCUAUCUCAGUUCCCCUACAACUGCAUUUUGUUGGUGCAGACCAUCGAUGCCUACACCGUGUUCAUUUCCAACUGUGCCAUUUCCACCAACAUUGACAUCUGCUUCCAGGUCACCCAAACCAUCGCCUUCUUCCAUAGUUGCCUGAACCCCAUCCUCUAUGUCUUUGUGGGUGAGAGAUUCCGCCGGGAUCUUAUGAAGACCCUGAAGAGUUUGGGUUGCAUCAGCCAGGCGCAGUGGGUCUCGUUCAUGAGGAGAGAGGGAAGCGUGAAGCUGUCAUCCAUGCUGUUGGAGACAACCUCGGGGGCUCUCUCCUACUGAGGAGUCUCUGCUCCGACAUGGAUGGCCCUCUUCGGAAGUCAUGAGAAAUCCAGGUACGGC